AUGGCUUCUCCAGGGGUCGGUGAUUUCAUUUGCAAACAAAAAUCAGCCAAAAAACUCUUAGAGAAGAUGGAGAGCGCAUUGCAGUCAAUGAAUAUGGUGCUGGAAGACGCAGAAGAAAAGCAAGUUAUGGAUUCUAAUGUGAAAAGGUGGAUUGAUAAGCUGAAAGAUGUUGCCUAUGAUGCAGAAGACAUAUUGGAUGAGAUUGCUACUGAAGCCCUCCAACGCCAGUUGCGUGCUCAAUUCAAACCCGUUGUAGGAAAGGUACGAAACUUUAUCUCUAGUACUUCCCUUGAUCCUUUUAUUCAUCGCCUAGAGCCAAAGAUUCAAGAGGUACUUGAUACACUACAAGAUCUAAAAACACAAAAGAAUUUUUUGGGUCUACAAGCUGCAGGAGUUGGAGGAAACCAAUAUCCUGAAAGGUUGACCACUUCUUACGUCUCAGAGUCAGACACUUUUGGUAGGGAUGAGGACAAGAAAAAAGUCAUUGACUUUUUGCUCUCUUCUGAUGCGAGAGGAAAUGAAAUGUGCGUGAUUGCCAUCGUUGGCAUGGGGGGAAUUGGCAAGACUACCCUUGCUCAACUGGCAUACAAUGACAUGAGUAGGGUGAAACAACAUUUCGACCUUAAAAUGUGGUUUUGUGUUUCAGAAGAAUUUGAUAGGCUCAAGAUAAUGAAAUCAAUUAUAGAUCAGGCUGCAACUUCGUCAACUCGUUCUAUUGAGGAUCCAGAGCAGCUUCGAGUUAUACUAGAGAAUAAUUUGACGGGGAAGAAAUUUCUCCUUGUUUUGGAUGAUGUCUGGAGAAGUAAGAUCCUUGUCACCACAAGGAAUGAAAGCGUUGCAUUGGCAAUGAAGGCAAUUGAAACUCAUCAUCUAAAGCUAUUACCAAAGGAUGAUUGUUGGUCACUUUUUGAAAAGCAUGCAUUUCGUAAUGGUAGCUCUAACGUUGAUCCAAAGAUAAAAGAAAUAGGUAUUCAAAUUGUGGAAAAGUGCAAAGGUCUACCUUUAGCAAUCAAAGCCACUGGCAAUCUUUUGUGGUCUAAGUCAGAUCAUGAUGAGAGAUAUUGGACGACUAUAUUGAAGAGCAAUUUAUGGGAUCUUCCCAUGAAGGGGACAUACAUUCUUCCGGCUUUGAGGUUAAGUUAUAAGUAUCUCCCCUCAUAUUUAAAAAGAUGCUUUGCUUAUUGUUCAAUAUUCCCAAAAGAUUAUAUUUUUAAGAAAGAUGAAUUAGUUUUGUUAUGGAUGGCGGAAGGCUUCUUGCAACAAUCCGAAAUAGAAACAAUGGAAGAAGUUGGCAAGCGUUACUUCAAUGCUCUUGUAUCAAGAUCAUUAUUUCAACAAUCAAGUGAAACUAACUUGGGUUUUGUAAUGCAUAAUCUUGUUAAUGACUUGGCAAAAUUUGUGUCUGGGCAAUUUGCCUUAGAGGGUGAUGGUUCAAAAGAGAUUGUGAAGAUGACUCGCUAUUUAUCAUAUUUCGGUGGAAGUUUUGAUAACUUUAAGAAGAUUGACAAGGAUCUUUACAAUGCCAAGCGGUUACGCACUUUCCUGACAUUAGAUUCGUCAGGAUGGGAUGGUGAAAUCAAAAUGCCAAGGGCAUGGUGCUUAAGAACUCUCUCUCUAUCCGGCAGACAGGGGAUAACUAACUUGCUUGAUUCAAUUUGCAAAUUGAAACAUCUACGUUAUUUGGAUUGUUCUUCCACAAAUAUUAUGAGGUUACCCGAUUCUCUGUGUAAUUUGUGCAAUUUACAAACGUUGAACUUAUCAAAAUGUCAGAAUUUGGAUAGAUUGCCAAGAGAUACAAGGAAACUCGUUAAUUUACAUCAUCUUGAAAUUGAUGAAACUAACCAACUAAAGGAGAUGCCGGUACAAAUGGGUAGACUAACAUGUCUUCAGACAUUGACCAAAUUCAUCGUCAGCAAACACAGUGGGUCUCACAUUGGAGAAUUGGGAAAACUAAUAAAGCUUGGGGGAAAGCUUUUAAUUUGGGAGCUCCAAAAUGUCAGAUCAGCCAAGGAUGCUUUGGAUGCAAGCUUGAAGGAUAAGGGUUACCUCGAGGAGUUGGCGUUACAAUGGAAUCCUUCAAACGAAGUUGGUAUUUUGCAAAGUCUAAGAAAUGUACUCGAAAAUCUGCAGCCCCAUGAAAAUUUGAAAAGUCUCACCAUCAACAACUACAGCGGGAAAGGUUUUCCAGAUUGGAUAGGAGGGCUUCCUUCAAUGUCUAAGAUAUCACAUGUGGAAUUAAGAAAUUGCAAGUAUUGUAGUGCCUUGCCACCACUUGGGCAGCUACCCUCUCUUAGUGAACUCUAUAUUGAUGGGUUGGAUGAAGUUGUUACUGUGGGUCCAGAAUUUUAUGGAAAUUGUUGUAAUUCUUCAAUGAAGCCAUUUGGAAGUUUGAAAUUUCUAAGGUUGGAAAAUAUGUUGAAUUGGGAAAACUGGUCUCAUUUGGGUGCCGAAAAUGAGGUUGAAACUUUUUCACAACUUGAAGAGUUGUAUAUUAAGAACUGCCCCAAGCUGAGAGGACGAUUGCCUGUACAUCUUCCUUCGUUAGCCAAGCUUCAGAUUAGCAAAUGUCAACAACUCGAGGCUUCGCUCCCCGUAGACUUGUUUGCAAAAUUUACCCGUCUGGAUAUAACCGGGUGUGAUAAUUUGGAAUCUCUUGCACUUCCAGAACAACAUAAGCGUGAUGGAAUAAUGGACUUCAAUAAUUGUCUUCAAGAGCUACGAAUCCGCAAUAUUCUUCCCUUGAAGAAUUGUACUUGA